UCGUAUGACAGUUCGACAUAAACAUACGGUAUUCGUUUUUGAUUAACAGUCUUUCAGAAAAUCUUUAAAAAUAAAUCUCAUUUUCGUUACUUAUACUUCAUAUAAACUAACAUUUAAAGCAGAUAGACUUGAACAUACAGAAAUAUUAUUCAAAACAACCCAAGUGGAAUUAUGGGAUCUCGUCGGAAUCGCUCGAGUCUAUCUCUUGUUCGUAAAUGCGACUCUCCUAAAUCUCCGAUCACUCGAGCCCAAUUGACGAAAAUUGAGCCGAAUGUUAACACAUCUCCGAGCAAUUCAUCAGUAGAUGCAAGAAAAGUAUGUAACGAUGGUUCUCCGUUACUUUUGGACAACGAUUCUCUACCAAUUCCAAUGUCGCAAGAUACAAACAAUUUACUUACUGGUGUGUCGUGGGAGUGGAAUAGUCCUAAAAGGACAAUCGCAACUGCAUGUAAGCAACGUCCGAGGCCGCUAUUGUUGUCUAAUGUAUUGUCCAACAACAACUUAAAACGCUCACGAACACAGAAAAAAUCGGACGAGUUAACAGGAUUCUAUAAAUUUCAGUCAGAAUUGAAAUUACUACAAAAACGCACUGAAUCCCCAAAUAGCUGUGAAGAAGAAGAUUGUUUCGAAAUUGAAACAGAUUCGGCAACAUCUCGUAUCCCUUCGUCGCCCGGUUGCGAAAACAUGUUCAUUUCGUUUUCGCUUCCUAACGAAGCAAAUUGCCCACUAUCAGAACAGAGCAGAAAUGAUCCACCACAGCAAACAGAAGAAGAAAAUUUUCGAAGUCAAUCCGAUUCCUUUAAUGAUUCAUGUUUCGAUAGUCUUUUGCUACAGGCAAGCCAGAUAGUUGAAAAUAAAGGUCUAAGCACGGCUAGAGAACCACCAGAAACAACUAAAGUUGAUGCACGAAAUGUCAUAGAAAAACCGCCGGGGAAACGGCGAUCUUUGGUCAAAAGUCUUACGUCAGAUAAUCUAAACUCCAUUCAGGAUGAUUUGUUUAACGAUUCAGAAUUGGAUGAUUAUCUAAUUGAAGCUUCGCAAAUGAUAGAGCAGAAAAUCUUGGAAGUAAACUCGGUUCCGAAAUCGUCAAAUUCGAGCUCGACAAAGACUGUUCCAUUUACACGACAUAAAUCAAUGCCAGAAUCUCCUAGACACAAACCUGUUCCAAACAGUAUUCACAGUCAUAAUUCCACGAAACAGACAACAGGAAAUAAUUUUUCAGUAAACUCAAGUAGUUCAAAUGCCAAACCGACAAUACAUAAGGACCAAUACAUUCCAUCUGAUGAUUUGAAGCUUGGAACCACCUCAUUUUCAACAUCGCGUGACAAGGUACUGCAGGAAAGAUGGUGUACUAAGGAGGAAAUCGAGAAAAAACGGCAAGAAGCAUUGAAACGACAACAAGCAAGUCGACUGAAACGCCUCAUACAAAACAACCAUCCUUCAGAGAUUCCAGCCAGAGUUAGAAAUAGAAACAAAUAAGUAUAUUCUAAAAACUAUAAUAACUGUUACGUUUUUUUGAUAUUUUAUAUAUAUAUAUAUAAUAGAGAAAACAGAAUGAACAUACAAGUGAUCGAACAUGAAAUCAAAUCAUUCGAAGAAU